CCGUUUCAGAACAACUUUCUUUUACUCACAUGUGUCAGAUGUUGGGUCAUAGAUUGGAUCUUAGUUGCGUGAAUAUUUGUCUAGAAAUGGAAUCGCUCUACACAAUGUAGGAGAGGAGAAGUUGACUGUAACUGCACCCAAGCCAGUUGGCCAGGGGAUCAUGGAGCCUAGGGAUGACCUAUCUACCAGAGACCCUUGAGAUCUAAUGUCCAUCCAAGGGGCACUGCCAUCGUCAUCAACCCCCAUACUCAACUGCACAUUACUGGGGGGGUUAUUACAAAGUGAUGUCAUGGAGAAGGGUGAUGGAAAUUCAGAAAAUCCAAAAGACCUUUUCCCCACGCUGGAGAAAUGUGGGAAAAAUCAGAGAAGCCCACGGUGUCCAGCCUUCAACUCAUCUCUCACAUGGGACUCAGACUCUGAAAAAGAAGCCUUGGACGAGGAAGAGCUUCAGCACUUUUCUAACCCUCAUGGUCUGGCUGCUCACAGCCCUGGAAGUCCCACCUCUAGACACACACAAGACAGACUUGACAUUGAUCGCUGCCAAGAACCUGAGGAAUCCAAGCACUUAUUUCUUGAGAAGAUCACACCUGGACCCAUGGAGAUGGAAAAUCAAGGAGAUGAUAUUUCAUACAGGGAGCUAACAACUACAGACUCCAGCUCACAGAAACUAAAACAAGACAAAGUGACCCAUUUGCCAGAUAUUGCACCAAAAGAGACAUGCCAAAAAGAAGAGCAGGAUGACCUGAAAGUGCAUAAUCACAGGGGCAAGGAAAAGACGAAUACCAAAGAGCCAGAUGUAUAUACCUUCCCAGCUGACUCUGAGCCUGAGAGCCCACCCCCUGGGCCUUGGGCACACUGCACCUUCAUCCAAUGCAGAAGGAAAAAGAGGGCCAUACUGAGGCCUUUCUCUGGACUGGGCACCUGGCAACGCCCAACAGGUGGCGGCAGAAGGGGCAGGGGCAAACCCUCAGGAGCAAAGAAGCAUAGGAAAACCACAGAUGAUGAGGGAAGGAUGUCUGGAUUUAAAGAUGAACAGGAAGAGAAGGUAAAGGAAAGGCAAAGGUCUGUAGUAGACCACCAACUGGAUGGAGACCUAUGCCAAGAGAUUUUCACAUGUGUAGAAUGUAGCAUCUACUUCAAAAAACAAGCCCAUCUACGUGAACAUAUGCGGGAGCAUGGCCAAGGCAGUAGACCAGCAAAGAAAUGUGGCGAACAGCUUCCUAAAAGUGGGUUUGAAUGUCUAGAGUGUGGUCAAGAGUUUGUAGAUCGGUUGCUUUUGCUAGAUCAUCACAGAUGCCAUGAGGAGUCAAGGCGGAAAAUCCUGGAGGAAAUUGGAAAACUAAAUGAGGGAGAAAAGGGAGCAGCAGAGCUAGCCAGUUGUAGUAAAGAAUUAGAGCCAGUUAUCAAAGAGUCAGCAGAAGUCAGUUGUGGCCAGUUUAUGUGUCUUAAGUGCAACUUCAUCUCGGAUGUGCCUCAAGAGUUUGCAGAACAUGCCAAGACACACAGAACUCGAACAAGGUCUGGCGUCUCUCGAACUUCACCUCGUAUUCAACAGAAGUCCUCCAAAAAAGGACAAGGUUCCACUGCAGAUGUUCCAUCAACUUUUUUCACUUCACCUUUGAACAAGAGGUACCCCAUCCGAGCAUCCAAAAAAACUAAAGAAACACAGCCUGAUGUUGGCCCUUCACAGGUGGACUCUAGUUCAGGCAUAAAUCAAAAUCCCCUUACCUGUGCAGCCCCAGCAGAUGCCAUAGAUCAGCCUGAAAAAGCAACCCUGCAAGCAGAUACAGUCCCAGUGGAGGAGUCAAGCCAAACAGGAGAGCCCAAGACAACUGUGGCCAAUCCCGUGGAAGAGAAUGUCUUACAACCUCAGUGUCUCAUGUCACUACCUCCAAAUCAAAGGGCUGGUCCACGGCUUAGGGAUUUGGCAUUUAAAAGCAUUGGAAAGAAACACAAAGUAAGGGUUGCAAGGUAUAAAUUGAGGCGUACAAGAGCAAACCCAAGACUAGAUCUUAAGUCCACCCAGACUCACAGUGUGAAAAAACAGACUGAAGAGAAGACCCACAGAGAAGGCACUCCAAUACAAGAACAAGAGCAUGAGCUGAAACAGGGGUCCAGAACAGGAAAGAAGCCACCUGUCAUUGCUCUGGAUCCUAAAGCCGCCUCCUCCUCACCAAAAAAGACCAGCAAAAAGCUUGAAGCAGAGGAGGAAGAUCCCAAACUUGAAAAAGACAAAUCUGAUAGCAAGGGCAAGUGUGGGGAAGGAACACCUGUUGCUGCAUCAGUAGAGGACGAUGAUGAAGGAGAAGAAGAUGAGGAAGAUGUUGUUAAUCGUAUUAUUGGUGCAUUAACUGAGGAAGAUGAAGAUGAUAAUGAUAUCGAGGGAUUGUUUAAAAGCAUUGAAAGAAAAUGCCCUUAUUGCCAGGAUCGAUUCCAUAAUGGCAUCGGACUUGCUAAUCAUGUUAGAGGUCACCUGAACAGAGUAGGUGUCAGUUACAAUGUCAGGCACUUCAUCUCACCAGAAGAGGUCAAUGCCAUUGAGAAGAAAUUCUCCUACCAAAAGAAAAAGAAAAAAGUCGCCAACUUUGACCCGUCAACCUUCAGUGUAAUGAGAUGUGAGUUGUGCAGUGCUGGUUUUGACACCAGGGCUGGUCUCUCCAGUCAUGCUCGUGCCCAUCUCCGAGACUUUGGCAUCACAAAUUGGGAAGUCACAGUUUCCCCCAUUAAUGUUCUCCGGGAGCUCUUUGCCAAGCAUCCAGAUCUUGUUCUACCAACUGUUUCCUCUAAUCCUGACCUGUUAAGUGAAGAGCAAAACUCUGAUGAAGAUCAGGACAUGGAGAAGGAAGAAAAGGAUGAGGAGGACAUGACCACAAAACCUGCCACUUUUUGUUCUGAUUCUCCAAAACCACACUUGAAGGACAGACACAACAUCAGCAAACUGGAGGGUAAGGAGGAGGAUGAGGCUGAGGAAGAGGAGGCGGCCAGGUUGCCACUUACAAAAAAGUUGGGAACAAGUCCCAGAGAGAAGACUUUGUUCUCCCUGCAGGAACACAGUCCUGAAUCCAAAGAGACAGACUCUUUGGGGUCCAACCUAUUGAAAUGUGAGAUUUGUGGAACUUCCUUUGAGACACGUCGUGGUUUGUCUAGCCACGCCCGCUCUCACCUACGGCAGCUGGGUAUCGGUACGUCGGAGAACAGUGGAGCACCCAUUGACCUCCUCUACCAGAUCACUAAGGAACGUGCCAUGGAUGCCCAUUUCACAGGCACCUCCCCAUCUGUGGCAUCACCUAAGAAGCUCCUGCACCAUUCCCCUCCUAUUUCCAUGCCCAGCCCUGAAAAAGAUAUGGAAACCGAAGAGGGACUGCUUGACACCAAACCAACUGUCCCAUACUCAGUUGCGGGUUCAGCUAUUAAAGUUUCCUCUUCACCAGCUACUCCCUCUGUAACUGGCUCAUUGCCGUCCUCUCCAUUUGUAAAGUCUCGGUCUCCAUCCCCAGUGCUGAGAAAGGCUCCCAUCUCUUCCCUGCUCCCUGUGUCUUCCCCACUGCGAUCCCAGGAACAUAAGACUUUGGGAAAGAACCAGGCUGCAAACCUCUCCAGUCCCACCAAACCGUUCUGGGCACCGCAAGAGACGGAUGCGCCAUUGAACCUUACAAUGGACAUGGACUCUAAAGACAUUAUUUGCCAGAUGUGUGGUGCGUGGUUCGAAACAAGAAAAGGCCUCUCAAGUCAUGCUCGAGCCCAUUUGCGCCAUUUUGGGAUCGAGUACUCUGAAUCCAAGGGCUCACCCAUUGACUUACUCAACCAGUUCAUCUUGACCGAUGACUUUAAGCAUAAAGCUAAUUUAUUUCUCUCUGAUGGUCCUGAAGACUUGAGGCCCCCAAAGACCAGCAAGGCUUCCCUCUUGCCCUCCACUUCCACCUCUUCCUCUAAGAGGCCUCCUCCCUCUAGUCCUAUCCUAUAUAAAACAGCUCCAUUAACGUCCUCCAUUGGGUCCAAAGCUACCUCGCCUUCUAUCCACACCCUGUUGGGCCCACCAACAAAGAAGUUGAAACCCUCCUCUUUGCAGGUUCUUCGUUUUAGUGGUGGUGAAGUGCUGCCCUUCCCUAUAGAGCCGACAAAAGAGGUGAAUUGUGAUUUCUGUGGAGAACUUUUUGAGAAUCGCAAAGGCCUCUCCAGUCAUGCCCGUUCACAUCUGCGUCAGCUUGGUAUCACCGAAUGGUCUGUGAAUGGCUCGCCUAUUGACACACUACGAGAGAUUAUAGUCCGUCGAGGCCUACCAUCCAUUGUGCCGUUAAAGCCUCACAAAUCCCCUUCUUCUUCUCCGGGCCCAGCACUGCCUCGGUCUACACACAAGUCACCUUCUCCACCAAAGAAUGUUCUUGUCCACCUGCCUUUCCAUUUCCCCCAAUCACCAAGCCAAGAUCAGCCUACUAACAGGAAAAUGUCUCCUUCGACAUCUACCGCCAGUUCUUCCCCAACAGUGGAAAUGGUUAAACCAAAACCAGAGCCUGAAAUUGUAGAAGUUACCAUGAAAGGGUCAGAAAUGGGAGUGAGUGCAAGUUACAGCCCAGAGCCACUUCAUCCCAGUUUGAGCAGUUCAGAUAAUGUUUUUCCAGUCAACUUAGUCAUGACUCAAGAGAAGAACCCUUCCCGUGAUAUCCGAUGUGAAUUCUGUGGUGAAUUCUUUGAAAACCGCAAAGGCCUAUCGAGCCACGCCCGUUCACACUUGAGGCAUAUGGGCAUCACGGAGUGGUCUGUUAACGGCUCACCCAUUGACACUCUGUGGGAAGUCAUGAGGAGGCAGGGCACCACCCCUUCAUCUGCUGCCAUGGGUAUAAAGGAGGAACCGGAUGGUAGACCAUCACUGAACAGUCCUGGCUAUCAGUCCAAUGUACUUUACCGCAAGUCACCCCUUAACCUGCUCCACUCUGGCUCACGUCUCCAUAAGCAUGGGCUUGGAAGCGUGGGCUUGUCCCACACCUCACCUGUGGGAAAGUUUUUUGGGGUGGUUCCACUGAAGAACAAGGUGCUGGUUGAGGAUGGACAGCCAAGAGAGAAGUCACUGCUUGUCCAGUCUAAAACCUUCUCGCCUCCCCCACAGGACUUUUCCUUUAAGGGGAAAGUCUCCACAGAGAAGCAAGGGGUAGGCCACAUGGAUGCCAGCUGCGAACUCUGUGGAUUCUACUUUGAGAACCGGAAGGCAUUGGCCAGUCAUGCCCGAGCACAUCUCCGACAGUUUGGUGUAACAGAGUGGUGUGUAAAUGGUUCACCCAUUGAGACGCUGAGUGCCUGGAUCCGUAGCCGCCCACAGAAGGCAGCAGAGAUGCAGCAAAGUUAUGCGCAAGGAGGUCGCUACAACCAGAAGAAGAGGUGCAGUUCCUCUUUUUCACCGUCCCAUGAGUCUGACCCUACAACCCCUGUUACCCACAAGACUCCAGUGGCCAAGUGGGCAUCUCUCACAUUGCCUCAAAAGAGGGCAAUCGGACGGGAUGUCAACAGCUGUUCCUUGGGGUUGUCUUCACAGGCAACAGAGGCCAGAAAUAGUAGUGGAAGUUCGACUCAACAUGGCCUUGUUUCACAGACUGGCAGUCAUCAUUCCAAUAACACACUUCCACAUGUGCAGGUGGCCCAUAGUGAACUCAACGUGCGUUUGCCACGAGUAUUUGAGAGACGGCCACUUAAACACCCUUCAAAUCAUCCACAUGCUGCGGGAGGGGAGAGAGAGAGUGGCCCUCCAAAACCUCGCUCCAGUACAGUUCCUGCCCUUGUGCCAAAGCCCCCCUCCACCCCACUGGUUAGUCUUGUGGGUAAAAUUUACUCACUCAAGUGCCGGUUUUGUGACGUGGAGUUUCACGGCCCUCUCUCAGUACAGGAAGAUUGGAUCAGACACCUGCAGCAGCACAUCCUUAAUCUCAACUAUAACAAGACUGCACCACCUGCAAAUGAUACUCGUGCCCAAUGUGACACCCCUAUUCCCAAACCCCCAUCCUCAGCUGCUACCUCCACUACAACCACAGCUACUGCCACAACCCUGUCCACAUCCUCCCCAAAAGCCCCAACCACACCUACUCCAAUCCAAGUCUCCACAGCUCCCCCUGUGGCCAGCUCAAGGCUAUCAGCAAAGCCACAUCCUUCUCCUGCUAACUAGGCCAUGUCGACGCACCCACAUAUGAGACUUCAUAUUCUCCAUUAAUUACAUUCCUUGUCCUCUAUUUUGUGUCUGUGCAGACUGUUACCCAUCUUUGAAUAUCUCUGUCUCUGAUCAAAGGGAGACAUUUUUUGAAAAUCUCUGCUAACGACCCACUUACGAGUGACCUACAUCACAAGCAUCUGUUUUGAGAGAUUCAGGCUUGAGGUAGGUCUGUUGCCAUGACAGUUCUCAGCUCACUUUUGGCUCUUAAAGGUGCAGUGUUUAAUUUCUGUGCCACUAAUUUAGGCACCAAACGGAACUGCAAUCUGUUUGAGCAGCCCAGGAUAGCAACAUUGGCUCAACCAAUGGUGUGAGUUUGGGACGGGACCAGGGGAGUCUGGUUUUUGGCUGGUUAGCUUUGGCAGUUAGCCCCUGCUGGUAGAUUAGACCUGCCGCUAUAUUAUUAUAUGGAAAAAGGCAUGUUUCUCCAUUGAUGGCCAUUCAAAUUUAGCUGUCCGAGAUGUAAUAUCCACUGUGUGGCGCAAAAAACUAGAUUUUCUCCCAAACAGAUGAGAUUUUUGUAAGGUAAAUGCUCUAAAGAGUUUUAAAUCAACAAAACCUAACUUCCUACCCUAAACCUAAACCUAACCGAUAGUGUCAGAAAAAGCAAAUGUGAUAUGAAAAAUUUAAUUCCUGAAGCAACCACGUCAUUUUUUGGUGCUUCUAUGACACUUUUGGCUCAAGUGUCGAGUUACGUAUUCUUCAGGACUUUUCAGUACCUCUGUCCUUUGCAUCACAAACGCAACGCUCUAUCAGUUGAGCUACCGUGCAAUUUGAUUGUGCAUGAACAAGUGUGUAAAUGUAGUUAGUUAUGUAAUGCAAAUGUUAAAAUGUAAGUCAUACGCUAUAGGAAAAGUAUUUAGAUAAGAUAACAGUUUGUGAGAAAAAGAGCUUAAAGUAGAUGUUCAUGAACUCAUAAUCUGCCUUUUUGCUCAUGAUUAGUGUAAAAGGGAAUAAAAGUCAUUGUUGUUUUAGCACCUCUAGUAUUCAUUUCAUCAGGAAACUGCAGAGAUGCAACAAGCCACGUAAAAAAUAAUUUUGCAAAUAUGUAAAAAAUGUUGAUAUAGUAAAGUGAUUCUAUGAGACCAGGUUGCAAAUUCCAUUUUUCAGCAGUGACCAAACAAUGGCAGAUGGGGGAAGUGUUGGAAAUUGGCAUGAAAACAGUCAUUAUUUUUGCAAAACUGUUUGGUGCCCCUAGUGGUGCAGAAAUUAUACUGCAACUUUACAAAUAUAAAAAGACCAAGGAAAACGCCACAGUAUAAUGCAACUUUUUCAUGCGUUUAAUGGUGUUUCAUUUAUUUUUAAUGGUAGAAGAAGGAUGAGUAUGUUGUAACUUAAUUUCAGUAAGCUAUCUGGCCCAAGUGCAUAAUAUUUGUUAUUGUUUAAGAAGCACUCUUAAAGGUGCACGCAGUAACGUUUUGUUUGUCAUCUUGGACUUACAGUGACACCUAGUGGUGUGGAUGCAGCAUCAAUAAAAAUCAGUAGUUUUCAGUUACAGAUGCCAUUGUAGAAAUUCACUAUUCACAAUCAGUCAUGAUUAAUUUAAUCCAAGAGUGAAAGUGUCAAAUAACAAGACGGUCAUCUCCAUUGAGCGAGUAGUAUUCAGCUGGUCAUGUGAUUUUAAAAUGGCAGCCCCCCCAUAAGGGCGCCUCUGCUACAUGUAGAAUAAAACAGAUUUUAUGAGGUUACUGAAAUGACUAAAGUCCUCAUCUCAUGUGAGUGCUCAUGAUUUUAUACAUAUGUUUCAAAAUUACAAUUCAUUUAUUUAGGAGUAAAACGUUUUUACUGGGGGAAAAAUUACUGAGUGCACCUUUAACAUAAGUAAAGCCCUCUAGCCUACCAAAUGUAUUGUUAAAUCUUGUACAAAUUGAAGAAUUACAAUCAAAAUGUACAAACAUAAAGUUAUAUUCUAUCAUAAUCCCAGAACUUGAAAUGUUUUCACGACAAAGCACUUAAAUGAAAGGCCUGGACCCAUUAAAAAAAGUGUAUCUGUGUCUAGCAUUGACAAAUUCACAGUUUCUAACUCAUUUUAACUUACAGUUAAGUCCAAGCUUGCACUGCCAUGCAGCCAUCAAAAAAAUGGAAACUUUGCUUUUAAGCAAAAUGAUCAAGUUGAUACCAGACCUCAUAUAAUAGAUGGCUUUCAUGUCAAAGCAGGAUUUCCAAGGCCCAUUGGUCUCUGUCAAUGUCCCCACUGCAAACAAGGCAUGCAUAUUUUACAGUCUAUGAUUCAAUCUUGCCACCUAGAGUAGAUGAUUAAAUUUGUCUGGAACCAAUUGCUGCUAAGUAUUUAAAUAAGCUAAGCACACGUAGUUAUACAGUAUAUAUUGUUUUAGCACAUGACCAACAUUUGUACUAAAUGAGCAUGAGAAAUUCCAUCAUGUCUACCAAUUGUACUCUAAACAUAUAGAUUUAUGCCUUCGUUGCUGUUUCAUUUGGCACAUUAUUUUAUAGCACGUUUGCACAAGCUAGGUCUUAUGCAAAGCAGGUUAUGCAUAAUGCUUUAAUGAAUCUGAUUCUAGAUUGCUCCAUUUUCACAGCAGCUUUCUGCGUUUUUUUGCUUUCUUUCACUUGUUAAUUCUGUGCUUGGCAAUCGAAAAGAUACAGCUGAACACAGCUGUGUAAAAAUCUCCUAGUUUCAUUUUAAAUGCUAAUGAAGCUUUCUGAGAAAUUGCCUUGGAACAAGGCCAUUUCUGCUAUUUGUAAAAUACAUUUAGAAGUAUUUUAGGCUUAUAAAAGUGCAAGCUUUUUUUAUUUUUUAUUGCAGAUUUACUAAGAUCCCAAAUGAACUUAUGGUUCAUUUGAAUGUUGAAUAAACUAAACUAUUUGGCUAAACUACAUCAAAUGUUUCUCAAGAGUAAAAAUGUACAGUUGAUGCACUUUUAUCUGCAACGAAUUAGGAAGUGUUUGUGUGUUUGAACCCAAAGUGUAUAUGCUGUAUACAUGGGUUGUACGUAAAAAUUCUGAUUGCCUGUGAAUUACAUUUUUUUCUUAUAAAGUCUUACCCUGUACCAUUCUGAAGGCACUUUCAUGAAAAAAAGUAUGAUUUUUCUAGUGACAGAAUGUGCCAAAGAGUAUCUUUGCCUCCCAGAACGUCACACAUUGGCUUUUCUCAGUUGCUUUAGGUUUUGCAGGUUUAUUAACUAGUUAAAGUACAACCCUUAUGUUGUUUCAAAUCCGCAUGACAUUCUUUCUUCUGUGGAAAUUCAAAAGAAAUUCAUGAAAGUGAAUAGUGACAGGCUAAAGCCCAAAAUAUACUUCGGUUUUGAGGCGGUUGGCGCAUGCACGCUACGACUGCUAUGAAACACUGGACCUUGAGUUAUACAAUUGCAGGUAUCUCCUGACCUCACACACACGCUCUUGACAUGCACAUCCAUUGCUAUUGUUUUUACCUUUGUCUCAUGUUGUUUAGUGGUGAUUACAUCUUCUAGCACUUCUUCUUGACAACAAUGGCUCAAAUGUGAGUGUUGCCACCUUGUGAACUCAGUAAUUAGUGCAAAUAAUUCCAUGCGCACGCGUUCAGUGCUCGAGCACUCUGCUGAUGACGAAAUUUGCAUCACGUGUCCUGUACGCGUUCUUAACAUCUCAUUUUGUGUUCUGCAGAAGUAAGUCGUGUGGGUUUGGAACAACACGAGGGUGUGUAAAUGAUGACCGAAUUUUUAUUUUUGUGUUAACUAUCCUUUUAAGGGGACGAUUCCAAGCAGUCUUUUCUGUUUUUCCGCGUGCAGUUCUGUUUUUGACAACGGUAACAGCUGCUGCUGCUUCUUUUUUGUUUUGUUUUUUUGCUUUAAAGCAGAGACAAUUAACUGAGGCUGUCCAGACAUUUUGUGGUGUUCUAUAUUGUAAUACUCAAACUAUAUGAGUAUAGUAUACUAUUUCAUGGUGCCUGAUUGGUCCCAGAAUUGACUAUGACGAUCUUUGCCACAAAUAUGACGACUGCCUCCCAAACAUACGACCACUUUUGGUAAAAGUUUCAUAUCUGCACAGGAAAGCAAUUACAAACUGGUCCAUAUGAUUAAAACUAUGGAUGUUUGUAGUUUUCCCAUCUUAACUCUGACUGUUGGCUUUUGUUAUUCCAGAAGGGAAUAUUAUUGAUAUAUCUAACAUAACAUAUGUAUAGAACAGAAAAAAAUAAUUAACUGUUUAAUUAACACUAAAAAUGUGAUAUUGAUCAUUGUGAAUUCAUUUCAAUUUUUAAUGCUGUGUAUUUUUUAAAACGAGAUGUGCGUAACUUUUCUCACAGUUAUAUACCAGUGGAAUAGAUAAGUGUAUUAUUUUUUAUUCAGUCAGUUUCUCUUAAACUACAUUGGUGCUCAUGUGAACGAAUGGAUAUGAAUGAAUUUGAGGAUUUGUUCCGAGGGUAGAUUGUCAAGUCCCCAUGCAAGGACUUUAAAUAAUGUGUCUUAAAUGCGACUGCUAUACGGUUGCAGGGAAAAAGUAUGUGAAGGCUUUCAAAAAAUGUAUUUUUAAGAUUUUCGCAAUUCAAUUUCUGAACAAAAUUUCCAUCAAAUUGAAUUGAGUAAUCUUAAAUAAAAUAACAUUAAAAAUGAAAUAUUUUUUACGUUUUAUUAAUUGAAUUUUGGCAAACGUUUCACAAUUCAAUUUGAUGGAAUUUUGUUAUGAAAUUGAAAAAUAGUCUUUUGGUCGUAAAAUCUGAUUUGAUCUUCAAUUUAGUCUCAACAAUAGACAAACAGUCUGGUUAAACAAAUAGCACACACACACAAUUAUACGUUUUUUCAGAAAUGGGUUUUUCUUUACUGUUAUGAGGGCAUAUUUUUCCUAAAUAGAAAAAAAUAAAAAAAUAAUCUGUUUUAUCCAUUUAUGGCUAAUACUUAUGUCUAAUUUUUUUUUUUUUUUUUUACAUAUGUUCUCAUCUGAUUUAUUAGAUUGAGAAUAUUAGCCUUAAAGUUAAAUCACAAUCAACUCAUUUUAUAUGAGAUAUUAACCUAUAGAUGACUAUAUUAGAUAGCUAUAGAUCUAUAUUAGAUGUUACAAAUAGAAAACAGAGGGAUCCAUUACGGAGCGUUUGUUGAAGAUCAGAUCAAAUUUUAAGGCUGAUUUAUGCUGAAAUCCAUGUAUUCACACGUAUAUGUUUCCCUGCAACUUUAUGUACAUUCUGAGUUUCACUGUUUUUGGUGUAUUUGGGGACAUUUGACUGUUUCCCAGUUGGCAUGUGCAUAACAGCUGAUAUAAGACCUCUUGGAGAUCAUUCUCAGCUGGUUUAGUCUACAGUCUGUACAAGUAUUUGUGUGUAUGAAAGAAGAAAACAUGGCUUUUUGUAGCUGAAAGAAAGAGAUAAUUCAGAGUUGAAUUGUGGAAGUAUUGACCAGAGUGCGAACAUGAAACAGAUUCAUGUGAAUCUGCUCUUGAAUGAAAAUCAUUAAAUGUGAUCUGAAACUUCA